CAGUCUCACACUCACAGUUCUGUAACCUGGACAAGAGAACUACAUCGACUACAUCGCUCUAGUUUGAUUAGUUUUUUCUUCACUCGGCACUGUUUGGUUUGGUAUUGGACAUUGCAAUCAUGGCGCUCGCGUGGAACCCGUCAAAGAAACACAGUGACAGAGAAAGAUGGGUUUGCAUAUAUCCCAUAUAUUUAAACAGUAAAAGAACUCUGGCGGAAGGUAGAAAAUUGAGCAAGGACAAAUGUGUGGAAAAUCCUACUCAUCAGGAAAUUCGUGACGUUCUUAUAGCGGCAGGACUGAAAGUUGGCGUUGAGAACAAAUUGCAUCCAAAGGAAAGAAGUAAAGAAGUACUUUACAGAGGACGCAUAAGAGUUCAACUGAAAAAUGAUGAUGGAACCCCGGUACAUUCUUCAUUUCCAACUAGAGAUUCAAUACUUCUCCAUCUUGGCACCACCAUACCCAAUCUAAAGACUCGUCAGGGAAAACAAUCGACAACCGAACAAUCCUCGCAACAACCUUCCAGCUCUUCCACUAAAAAGGGCAAAGGCAAGGGAAGGAGAUGAAAAUAUCAACCUUUCUAAUGAUGACAAUAUUAUCACUGACAAUGGAUUUUUGUUUUCUAUUCUUAAAUCCAUGAAAAAUAUAUCUUUAUGAAAGUUGUAAAAAUAAUAAUAGUACAAUUUCAA